AUGAGCUGCAGCCGCAUGUUCAUGCAGGACAGAGGAUGUAAUGACGGUUUGGGAUUGCUGAGCGUUGGCGGCAUCUCCUCUUGUGAAAGCCAAAUCGUCCGCAGUCCUCCGAUGUCCAGCGCAUCCCUCCAUACAUCCUGCAAUUCUCUAGAAGCAGCAGGGCCUUCAGAAAGCAUGGAUUUCUGUAGUGACCACGAAGUGUCUUCUAUCGAGUCUACAUCUCUAGGAGUGUCACCUGCAGACUCUGUGGACAGCAGUACAGAAAACCAUGUCAGUCUAAGGAAGAAAGUGAAGAACAGGAUCUGCUCACUCUUCAAGAGGACAUGGAAUGCUAUAAAGCGUCCUUCGUUCAGUUGUGAAACACUGACAGAGCCGUUCACGCCUCCGUCUAAUGACACAGAUCUAGACGGUGCAGAUUCAUCACGUCUUGCGGAUCCUAGGCUGGCUGAAUGGAGCUUUGACAGUGCCAACAACCCCUUUGAAGGAGGACGUGACAAUAGCCUGGAACUGUUAAGCAUUAGCAGUGACAUAUCCUCCACUGAGGAACGAAGUUGGUCUCGGCAGAGUGGCCCUGCUAGAGAAGAGUGCGCAUGUUCUGAUCGUGAGAACACGUACGCAACAGAGUCUUCCCUGAGCCUGAAGGAGCCGAGUGACGAAGUGGCGCCUUCUGUGGAGAACAGCACAGAAAAACACCGCGGUUUGAGGAAAAGGAUGAAGAAAGGGAUUUCUUCAGUCUUUAAGAAAGCAUGGAAGCCCUUAAAGUGGCCCUCCUUCUGCUGCUGCCGCGGGACCAGAGUUGAGCCAUUUGUGCCUCUACAAGAGAACUCGGGCCGAAUCCAGAGCCAGCUGAUCCCAAACCACACUUUGUUGCAGAGCCCUUUGGUUUUCAAUGAUUUAUUGAAAUCUGCAGAUGGAGGAGGAUGGCCUGGCGUUGUCGCAGCGGCCGAAGAGCUCUCGCUGGAGGAGGGCGAGCUGGGCCCAGCGGCCUUGGAGGUGGUGGUGCCCGCCGUUUUGUAG